CCGGUCCCGCUUGGGUUGACUGUACACUGUUUAUACCCAACCUCGCCUGCAUAUUCUCUUAACUCCUGCCUUGCCACGCUGCUGCGAGGCAGCGCCUACGGACGGAAAUAGACGUUUAGUCCUCUCCAAAGAUGCUGCCUGACCUGCUGAGUUCCUCCGGCAUAUCGUGUGUGUUGCUCUCAGCAUCUCCCGUGUCCGAGAUUUGGGGGUGUUUCUGAAUCAUCUGAGUGGGUGGACGGAGAUGCCCGCAGUCCCCGCUUGGUGGAAGAAGUUCACCCGUGAAUGGAGGCACUCUGUCCAAGUGGGAGCGACCUCGGCGCAGACGCCAGUUGCAGUUGCCGGGAUCGCAAGCGUGGCCACGCCUGUCAUUGGCUGCAGUUCGCCCUGCGCCGUCCCGAGGUGGCGACAGGCGCUGUAUAAAUGAAACUCUGCUGUCGUCCGGCGGCUGGCCCGGCCCGCUGGGCUGGACGGCACACGGCGCUUUCCUUGCCGGCUGGAGAGAGGGAGAGAGGGGGGCACGGAGCGCAGCCGCCGAUCAGCAUGUCUUUACUGUCUCAGUCCGAGGAGGCAGAGCCCGAGCGCUUCGAUGGACUGUCGCUGUUGUACUGGACCAUCAUGGGACCCUAUGGAAUCAACCGGGCUGUACAACGCAUCGCGUUCUCUGACUGUGAGAAUGGCCUGGGUAUUAAAGUUAUUGGCGGGUUUAAAGAACAAACCGGUGAGGCGUGUGGAAUUUACGUUAAGCGUAUUUUGCAGAGUGGAAUAGCAGCAAGCGAUGGUCGACUGCAGCCUGGUGACUUGAUCUUGGAGGUGAAUGGAGAGGACCUGGCUGGAGUUACGAACGAAAGGGCUGUGGACAUCCUGCGCACCGCCUCAGCAUCCAGCCACAUGUCCUUGCUGAUCGCUCGCGAUGAUGAAUCCAGGAGGGAGUUCACAGAGCUGAUGGAGAAGUAUGGGUCCCAGAGUAACACAGGAUCGGCCCGGAGCUCGCCCACUCCCCACAUCAUCGGGAGAUGCCCGGAGAGUCCGACCUCCUCCUCCUCCGGUUCCCUCAGCCCCAAGGACGCCGGACCCUCGGCCCCAACUGCACCGUCAGCAGGAAGUCAUGGUGCAGUCCAGCUCAUCAGCGUUCCCAGGGGUCUGGGUCUUGGUCUGAACAUCUCAGGUGGCACAAACAAGCCCGACGGACCGAUGGUGCAUGUGCAGGAGGUGGUUCCCGGCGGAGAGUGUCACAAGGAUGGGAGACUGAGAGCCGGCGAUCAGUUGGUGUCUGUCAACAAGGAAUCUCUGGUCGGGGUUACCCAUGACGAAGCUAGGAGCAUCCUAACCAGGCUGAAGCUGAGGUCAGAGGACAUGGUGGAGAUUGCCUUUAUGAGGAGAAGCUCUCAGUCAGAGAGUGCAGCGGUCCUGCCAAACCCACCCCCCGUCUCUCCCAGCAGCUCUACUGCCCCAAAGCCUCCGGGUUUCAGUUUCCUCCUGCCCCCACCCAGCCACCAGCACGGUCCGGCAACCCCGGUCCAGAGCCUGACUGAUGACACCGCCUCCCUCCAGUUCACUCAGGGCAAAUCCGCAGGGAAGAAGAGGGAUCGUUCUCCGGCUGGUUCGCCCACGCGGAACCUCCCUGACCCAAGUUCUGCAGUCAGUGUGAGUUCAGCCUGGCCACAGCCCUCUGUCCCCCGUGGGAGGUCGCUGUCCCUCAAUCCCAGCUUUCGCCUGAAGGUGGAGAAGUUGGAGAUGGCACUGGGGUACCUCGGGAUUGAACCCACCCAGCAGCAGCAACAGGCACUCCGCCGUCAACUCCAGGUGGACUCCAAAGGAACGGUGGCCUAUGGGGACUUUGUGCAGACAGCCAGAGACUUGUUCCGAUUGCAGCUGGAUGACACGGCCUCGGAGUCAGUGGAGUGGUCUGUCGCCAGCCUCUCCGAGACAGCACGUGCCACACAGGUUCCAUUAUCUACGUCAGUAGAUGCUGAGGACCUGGAAAGAAUUACUCAGGAGCGGGAUGAAGCAUUGAAGGAGUUGAAGAAAGUGAAGGAGGAGUUGGCACUGUCAGAGACAAACAGGAAGCAGCUGAGUGAGGAUCUACAGAAAGCCAGACAGGAGGUGAGGAGUGCGGUGGAGGAGGGCCGUUGCCUGCGGAGUCGGGUUCACCUCGCCGAGGCAGCGCAGCGACAGGCGCAGGGCAUGGAGAUGGACUUCGAGGAGGUGAUCCGACUGCUGGAGGCAGAGAUUACGGAGCUCAAAGCUCAGCUGGCAGACCAGCACGGCCAGACCAAGGAUGACACCCAGGACCUGAGAAAGCGAAUCGCUGUCCUCGAUUGUCAGCUACGGAAGUCAGAGUCAGCAAGGAAAGGCUUCGAGGUGUCCACUGAGAAACUGCUUCAGUUUGUGGAGAUGGUCCACGAGCUCCUGUUGGAGAGUCCAGCUGCCCCAACUAAUGUCUGUGGGACUGGUAUCAGAAGAUUUUCAGGUCCACCGACCCCUCAGAAUGUCCUCUCUCGGUACGGCCACGGUGGUCCCGGAACGUUAUCGUCACUUUCAGCCGAUGCCAAGGAGCUGGCCAAAUCAGUCCGCUCCAUCGUUGAGACCGACUGUCUACCCUAUGGAUGGGAAGAAGCUUACACAGCAGAUGGGAUCAAGUAUUUUAUCAACCACGUGACCCAGACCACCUCAUGGACACACCCGGUGAGCAGUGCCCUGCCCCGUGCAGAGGGGAGCGUCGAAGCUGUUACAAGGGUCCUUCCAGAGUUCAGGAGCUGACAGAAACACAGAAUGUCCGGCAGCAGGGAUGGCGAGAGCGUUAGAAAACUCAUUUCAUCGAAAGCAUCUUGCACAGAUCACACAAGCAGUGAGAUUUACCAAAAGAUCUUGAGAUACCAAUGUAUACCCGGUCGAUAUGUUCAGUCUGUACCGGGUCAAUAUGUUCGGUCUAUGCCCAGCCAAGUCAAGGUAUACCUGGUCAAUAUGUUCAGUCUGUUCUAAGCACAAUAGAAGUUAGAUCAGUGAGUCUCAGUUGUCUGUGUGUAGAACCCUGACCAUCCACCAUUGCACACAGGGAAGGAGUGGGAAGGCCUUGUUCACCAGACAAGAAACACCAUCUUUACCAUUCCAGUGACACAGUGCUGUUGGAAUCUGCAUUAUGAAAUUGCAAUAGAGACGUGAACAUUAGAUUUUAUGUGUAUUGGUCAUUGUACAUGUCUUGGGAGUGUGAAGCUUCACUCUGUGUCUGACCAUAGGAGUGUGUGCUGAGACAGUGUGGAGGGAGCUUCACUCUGUGUCUCACCCUGGGGGUGUGUGCUGAGACAGUGUGGAGGGAGCUUCACUCUGUGUCUCACCCUGGGGGUGUGUGCUGAGACAGUGUGGAGGGAGCUUCACUCUGUGUCUCACCCUGGGGGUGUGUGCUGAGACAGUGUGGAGGGAGCUUCACUCUGUGUCUCACCCUGGGAGUGCGUAAUGGGAUGGUGUGGAGGGAGCUUCACUCUGUGUCUAUCCUGUGCUAUUCCAAACCUGGUAGUGUUAUUUCUGAAAAUGGGAGAAAAUUAUUCCUUUUCUCCACACCAGCAGCCCCUCCCUGUUUUCUAACCUACUCUACUUCACAAAUAAAAGCAAUAAUGUUUUUGUGGAAGGGUAGGUUUUUUCACUGUAUGUUACAUCCUCUGAAACCGAUUGCCCAUAUCCUGGCUCUCGCACAGUGGGACUGUUGCUGAAGCCAUUAUCUCUUGGAUCAGAUGUGAGUGAGAUUCCUUCUGCGCAAUCCGAUGGAUAUGAAAGGUCCCAGGACACUCUUCAAUGAAGGGCAGGGUCCCAUGUACAGAGUUCCUGCUUUCUGUGCUAAUUCAUGUCGUGACUUCACAGUCCAUCACUUCAGCCGAACAUCCUGAGGUCACCAAAAGUUAAAGCCAUU